CGCAGCAUCGCAUACGAAUGAAUGUGAAUGAACAUUUUCGAAAUAAUGCCUUGGAAUAGCUCGCAGGCCUCUUAAACUAAUAAGAAAAAUCAAUAAAAUCUUUUUAACCACUUAUGUAUGUGCAAUCAUGUGUAUGUAUGUGAGUCAUGCCAGUGUAGUUCUUUUAUUAAACAAAAAGACCCAGGCGUUAGUAGCUCACGCGCACAGGACAUUUGUAUGUAGUUUGCGUAAAGGGUCCGCAUUACGCCUAACUUGAAAAUUGUUUUCACCCCGUACCUAAAACUCAAAACUCCGAACAGUUAACGCUAAAAAUUGCCUCGCUCCUUUUCUCAGAAGGCAGAAAAAGUACAAUUCUUUUUACAAACAGAAAAAAAGAAAUACGUUUUGAUAAACCGAAGCCAGCGGCAGUUGAGAUUUCCGUAUAGUACUUUACACUAAGUAUGUAAAUAUCAUAAGGACAAGUUUCAAAGAGCUUAUAUUUAGAUAACAGAUAACUGAGCAAAUUAGAAACCUUUCUUCAAACGCGAUGAGCGCCGUCACGCAAGAGUUUUGCGUGCGCUGGAACAGUCAUUUGGGAAGCAUUGGCGCCGCCUUUCCCCAGCUCUUGGCCGGCCAGAGAUUCGUGGAUGUGACGCUUGCCUGCGAGGGUCAUCAGCUGCAAUGUCACCGUCUAGUGCUGGCCGCCUGCUCCACCUACUUUGAGACUAUACUGGCCGAGCAUCCAUGCAAGCAUCCCGUCAUUAUAUUGCCACGGGAGAUAAAGCUCUGGGAAAUCCAGGCGCUUGUUGAUUUCAUGUACAAAGGCGAGGUGAAUGUCACACAGGCCGGAUUGGGACAGUUGCUCCGCUGUGCCGAACAGCUCAGAAUCCGUGGACUAUACGGUUCGGAGGCAACGAUAAAUUACAAGCAGCUUCAGCAGGCUCAAGCAAAGCAGGAAGCAGCGCCCCCUUCAGCAAGCCGGGUGGAUAGCACCGAUAUCGUGGACGAUGCAGCCACUAGUUCAACAACAACGUCAACCUCAACGACCACAACCCCUCCAGUCCUGACAUCCAAACAGCAGCAGCAGCAACAGAUUAUCAAGGAAGGGCGCCAACGACACCACCAAAUUAAUGGCACUAACAAUCUUCAACAAUGCGUCUCGGCGCCCGCUCUGGGCAGCAACUCGAAUGCACCCACUGAAGAUGAGUCGGCCGACGAGGUGUCUAACAAUUGGAAUGCCUACAGAGAUCAUUUUGAGGAUUAUAAUGCAUCCGCUGCCGCGCCACUGGCUAACAGCAGCAGGACAAAUGCCUAUUUACAGCAACCGAGAACACAACUUCAGCUUCAUCAGCAGCAGCAGCAUUAUAUGGAUACUACGAUUGAAGACGAUCACAAUUAUGUGGCCGUUAACGAUGUCGAGGAUAAUGACAAUAGUUUUACAACAGGUGCGGCAAAGAACAGCGCAUCCUGCCUAUCGCUUAGCAUGACAGAUACGGAGCCACAUGACACAUCGCUAACGAAUGUCUCUCUGGGGCUGCUAUCCACCUCAGUCGAUGGUUACACUUCGUAUAAGCGUGUCCGGCGCUCGGAGGCAUCGCUGGCACAAGCGGCCAAGUGUGUUUCCAAGGGCGAGACAUUCCAGACCGUCAGCAAUAUGUUCAAUAUUCCAGUAUCCACCAUUCGCUUCUACAUGGCUCGCAAGGGAAUUCUUCCGAAACGGAAGCGCGGACGUGGUGCCUCGCAUGCCGGCAACAUAAUCAUCACAACGACAAACUCAGGAACACUAGCGGCUGCGUCAGAGCCGGCUAUCGUAACAGCACAUCACCCAUCUCAACAUCAUCAGCACGUAUCCAUCGACACGAUGCAGCUAAAGGCCGGAAUUGCAAGUACCAGCGGCAGCAAUAGUCCAGCGGCAGUAGCCACAGCUGCAGCGUCGCCGCCAUCAUUGGAUGCUGCUAGCGUGCCUUUUCACCUCCUAAGCAAUGCGGCGGCGGCUUUUAAACUUAACGAGCAGCAGCAGUUGCACAUGAUCUAACUAUGCAGCUAGUUGGCUUCGCGGUAAUCUACGCACACACACACACAUGUAAAUUGAACACAAUUCUCUAAGGAAUUAUAAUGAUUAUCUUUGAUUAUGUGAAAUCUUGUGGCAUACACGACUUGCCAUCUUAGAUUGUGGGCUUUACGCUCAUCUCCCCAUUCUCCAUGUGUGAGCACUAAUCAGAAUCGCUCCCUUGUUCUCCAAAUGUUAAAAAGCUCAACUGAAGAUUUAUAAGAACAAAGAGAAAUGAAGCAAAUACACACUCAACUCUUAUUUGGAAGCUUUGAGUCGUUCUCAGGCGCACAAAAAAAACAUAAAUUGUACACAAAUUUCAGCCAAGUUUCUCAGAAUUUAAUAAUUAUUAUUAUUCAAUUCAGUCUAAUUUAUACUGUCAAGUCAGUAAUUUUAAACAACUAUUAUUUAGAUAUUACCUACAUUAGACAUAUUUUUAUAUGAUAUUUGAAUUUAAGUCUGCUUUCGCAAAUCAGGCAACUAUUAUCGUAAAAAAAUAUUUGAAAAAAAAAACACUAAUAAAAAGUAAAAGAAAAAGUAAAUAUUUCGAAAGCAGUGUAUCCAAAACUAGCAUGUAAAUACAAUUUUGAGUAAAGUAAAGCGAUCUUUAUGCAUUUCGUGUGUACACUCUUGUAAAGGGUAUUAUUAUUAUCUGUAGCGCAGAAAUGGUUAAAAUUCCGAUCUUUUAAAGCAUAGGUACAUAUAUGUACUAUUACCAGUUGUCUUUCCUACGACGUUUAUAGGAAGUAAUCACUCUCUUUUAAAGAAAUUGAUAAUAACUAAGCUUAAAAUAUUCCCAUUCUUUAAGCCAUAAU